AUGAGUAAGAAAAAGCUAUUAGACUCUGAUGAUGAAGAUAAUGGGGAUUUGAAUCUUACUGUGAACAAUGAUUAUGCCGAAAGGUAUCAAAAUUGGAGGAAACGAGAGGAAUUGCAAAAGUGUAAGUUUAUUUUAUAUUUUAAUUGUUAUGGAUUUUAGUGAAGGACAAAUAUGGAAGUGAUGUUGAGGAUGAAGAAGAUGGGGAAAGCACUGAUGGAGAAGUGGUAGGUUUUUCGAUGUCGUUUUAAGCACUUCAAACUGCCAUAGUUCAUAUCGCUUUUUGGAGAUGUCUUUUGAAUCACAGCUUAUUGAAAUUACACUUAAAAGAUGUCUAAAAAUCUCUUCUCUUAUAUUUAAACAAUUUUGUAUUUCAGAACUGGGAUAGUGAAGAUGAAAAAGACUUCUUACGAACCUUAGGAGCUUUGAAAUCGAACGAUCCAAAGAUUUACAAGGAAAAAGUCAAGUUUUUUGAUCCAGAACGUGAAAGGAAAGUGAAAAAGCCAGAAGCUACAAAGAAGAACGAGAAGGAUCAACCAGCUUACACUUUGAGAGAUUAUGAGACAAAGCUUGUCACUGAAAGAGAUGGAGUUUUCAGUGAAGAUGAAGACGAGGAGGAGCAGCCUAAUGAUCCUAGUUAUUAUCAAAAGGAGGCACAGUUGAAGAAUGAGUAAGAUUUUAUAGUUUUUGUUUUGUUUUUAGGCUUGUAAAAUUAAUUUUGGCGUGUUGCAGGUCUUUUGUCCUCUUAAUUUAGCCGGAAACUUAUGAAACGGCCUAAAAUUGGUUUUCGUUUAUUCUAACUUACAAAUUAUUUGUGUUACAAAGUUAGCUUAUUAAAACAUGAUGUUUUAUAGGUUUAAAAAAGCUUUGGGAGGAGAAUCUGAUUCUGAUGAUGAUCUUCUGAAGCCAAGGAAGAAAACAGAAGCCGAGAAGAAGGAAGAAGAAAACGACUAUUAUGAAUGGCUGGCUAAUCAUAAGGAGCUUGACAACGUUGAUGAGGAUUUGGUAGGUAUAUUUUUAAUGUCUGCUUUCUUUUAUACAGUUUUUAAUCAGAUUAUAUAAUACUUUCGGUUGAAGAGUUUUGGUUUUGAUUAAUGGUUCUUUGUUAUAUUGACGGAUGUUGAUAUUGGCCAAACUAAAACUAUAUCUUUUAGCAAAAGUUGAAGAACACGUGGAAUUCCAACAAGCUAUCGCCUGAAGAUAGGUUUUUGCGAGAUUACCUGUUGAAUAAGAAGUACGAUACUGAUGGAAAGCACAUAGAAGAGGCUCUACCAACAUACGAUGAAGUUGUAAAAGUAGAUGAAGAAUUGGAAAAGGCUGAAGAUUUUGAAUAUAAAUAUAAUUUUAGAUUUGAGGAUCCGGAUCAGGACUUUGUAAGUUAUCUUAUGUUCUUUAUAUUGGUUUAGUCAACAUUUCAGAAACAUUUUUAGCAUAUUAAUACAUUUUUUAUUUAAAAAAAAGUUUUCAGUAUUUUAUGUUGUUUUAGCCUUGUUUUCACUUUUUGAGGCAUUUAAACUACUGGAAUUCAUUUUAAAAGCUAAUGUAAUGUCAUUUUAGAUAAAGCAAUAUCCAAGGACAGUAAAAGAAUCCCUUCGUAAACAAGAUACACGAAGAAAAGAUGCCAGAGAUCGUGUGAAACAACGAAAAGAAGAGGAAAAGAAAGAGAAAAAGGAAGAAAUCAAACGAUUAAAACAACUGAAGAAGAUGGAAAUCGAGGAAAAGCUACAGAAGCUACGUGAAGUCACAAAAGACGAGAUUCCGUUGACGUUGGAGGACCUUCAGAAGGACUUUGAUCCUGCUGAAUAUGACAAGAAGAUGCAGGUAAUGAUGACUUGUUUUAAGCUGUUUAUAUUUGGUUGUUAAACUACUUCUGUGCCCCCUCUAAAAUCAAAUUUUUGAGGUUAGGGGCACAUUAUUACUUCAACAUCCUAAUAAAUGUAUUACUUUCUUUUAAGUUUACAAAAAGCUCCGGAGCUGGAGCCGGAGCUAAAAUUUAGAAAAAGGCGGAGCCGGAGCUGGAAAUUUGAAAUUUGGGAACUCUGGUUAUUAUUUUUUCUUUUAUUUUGUAAUUCUAUGUUUUUAGGAAGCCUUUAAUGAUUACGAUGAGAAAGAAGAUGUAGACGAGGAAAAACCUGUCUUCUCUGACAUAUCUGACAUUGAUGAUGAUGAAAUGGACGAAGAGAAUGACGACGAGCAGGAUGAAACGACAGAAGACAAGCUAGAUGAUGAAGAAACGAUAGGACAGGAAGAACAAGAUGAAGAAGAACCUGAGGAUCAACCAGGACCAAGUACAUCAAGGAAAGAAAAGCUCUCAAACCGAAGACACAAAAGAAACACCAAGUUCAAUGAAGCCGUCACCAAGAAGAAGCCAGUCUUCGAUCCAAAAGAGAAGACGUUCGAAGAGUACUUUAACGAAUACUAUGCACUAGACUACGAAGAUAUCAUAGCCGAUAAUUUGAAGACCAAAUUCAAGUACAGAAAUGUGGAAGCCAAUGAUUUUGGUCUCUCAACCGACGAGAUAUUGAACUUGGACGACAAAAAAUUGAAUGCAUGGGUAUCGGUGAAGAAGGUGACAGCCUACCGGUCGGCUCAAGAAGAGAAGAUGGAUAAGAUCGUGUACGGUAAAAAGGCGCAGAAUCCGGAGAGGAAACGCAAAAUAUUUGGAUCAGUGUAAGUUAAUCUUGUAGUAGGUAGAAAGAUUUUAAGGGCAGCAAAGAAGUUAUAAGUGCACGGGCUAUGAAAAUAAGGUUAAUAUUGGGUUUUUUUUAUAAAUAACGGUUAUGUUGAAGCUGAUGCGAAAAGAAUGGCGCAUUUUUAAAUUGUGACAAAACGAAUUGCUUACUUCUACUUCAUAUUAUAUAAAAACUUUACACUUUCUCAAUUUUGACAAUUACAGCGACGUUGAAGACAAAAAGAAGAAACCAAAGGAGCCAGAAGGGGCAGAGAAACCACAAGAACCGGAAGAAACAGAGAAGAGUGGAAAGAAGAACAGAAAGAAGAGGAAAAGUCGAAACGAAUUGAGCAAAAACCGCCUCAAGGCCUACGGUGUGAGCACAUCAAAACUGAAGAGUCACAUCAACAAGGACAAGUUCAAAAAGAAGCAAAAGGUUUAG